AUGGAAGAAUUACUAUCGCAGCAGCGAUUAGCUAUGCGCUCUGUCACACGCGCAUUGGAAAACUUUAAGAAGAUCGGCCGUGCAAAUCACACGUACGGCAUAGUUCGGAAUCGCCUUCAAACUCUCAAGGAGACUUACGCUCGAUGCGAGCUCCUGCACGCACAACUGCUCAAAGUCGCCACCAAGGAACAAAAGGAUACCGAGAAAUACUUCAAGGAGGAUGUCUACAUCGAAUUGGAGGACGCCUAUCUCGCCGCAUCGGACUACAUCUCCGACGCCCUCGCCUCUCUCGAAGCAGAUCAAGCGCCAUCAAGUCCAGGGUUAUCCGUGAGUCAAUCACAGAAAUCCGAAAAAACUCUUACAUUGCCGCGCAUUAAUUUGCCGAAAUUCUCCGGCGAUUUACGGGAAUGGGAAACGUUUCGCGAUCAAUUCCGCUCCAUGAUUAUCGAUCAUGCCGAGUUGUCGAAUGUUACGCGCUUGCAAUACCUUUAUUCGUGUUUAAAGGACGAAGCACGCGACGCGUUGCGCGAUAAAACGGAAUAUCCGUCGUAUUCGGAUCUUCAUAACUUUCUCGCAUCGCGAAUUCGAGCGUUCGAGAAUAUUCCAACGACCAGUACGGUCAAAACAAAACCGAGCAAGUCGUCCGUGCAAAGUCACACGACGACCGCUACCGGAGCUCAUUGUCCGCUUUGUAAACAAGAUCAUUUCUUGUCAGUAUGUCCUGAUUUCAAGAAGAAACAGGUUAACGAGCGUCGCGAUCUUAUUGUCAAAUUUAAACGAUGUCUCAACUGUUUAAGCGCUCGACAUUUCGCGAACACAUGUCCGAGUAAACAUAACUGUCGUCAAUGCCAACAAAGGCAUCAUACGAUGCUUCACGAAGCGACGACAUCAAGCGCGACCGAGAAUUCCCUUGAAUCCAACGAAACGAAUACGUCAAAUGAAAACAACGUCGUUUCACAUUUAAUUACGAAAACAACAUUUGACAAAUCUCGUGUUCUAUUAGCUACCGCGCGGAUUCAGGUGUGUUCUUCGUCUGGUCGCACAGAUGUCAUACGCGCAUUGUUAGAUCAAGGAUCUGUCACUAGUUUAAUUAGUGAAAAUCUCGCUCAACGGCUACGGUUAUCGCGAACACGCGUUGCUGUCUCGGUUACCGGAAUCGGUGAAACGCAAUCCGUCGCACGACAUGCUGCUCUUAUUUCGGUAUCAUCUAAGACCGGCAAGGGUCCGUCAUACUCAACGACCGCAAUUAUUAUGCGCUCUCUGACUAAAUACACGCCGCCUAAAAUAGCAUAUCAAAUCUCUCUCGCUCAUUUAAGCGGCCUGCCAUGGGCUGAUCCGCAGCCCUCAAGUGCCGAUCCGAUCGAAAUGAUCAUCGGCGCUGAUCUAUACGGUGCUGUUCUGUUACCGGGCCUGUGCUCAGGUUCCUCUAAUCAGCCAACAGCACAGAAUUCCAUUUUCGGCUGGAUCAUGUCUGGUCCGAUUUCGACGAGUUCGUCUUCAAACAUGUCUAACGUGACAGUUAAUCAUACCACGUUGCACGACAAUCUCGAUGACGAAAUUCGUCAGUUCUGGGAAGUCGAAGAACUUCCGCAAGUAUCAUACCUCACUCCUGAGGAACAACGUUGUGAGGAACAUUUCCGAGCAACUCAUUCUCGUGACUCUAAUGGACGGUACGUCGUACGGCUACCGUUCAAAGCCAAUCCUCCGAUUGCAAUAGGCGAAUCUCGUCACAUCGCCUCAUCACUUCUUUCACGGCUUGAAGGCCGUCUUCAAAAUAAAAGGGAUAUCGCAUCCGAAUAUCGAGAGUUCCUACUGGAAUACGAAAAUCUCGGUCAUAUGAAGAAAGUAGACGAACCCGUCUCUGCUUCACAAUCAGUUUACAUCCCGCAUCAUGCGGUGAUUCGCGAGCAUAGCAGCACCACGCGGUUGCGCGUCGUGUUCAAUGCAUCUCAGUCGACAUCGAACGGCUCUUCACUUAACGAUCAUCUCAUGAUCGGUCCUAAGUUACAAACCGACCUUCGUUCGGUAAUUCUUCGAUGGCGACAACAUCGUUAUGUUUUCACUGCCGAUAUCGCAAAAAUGUAUAGGCAGAUUCAAGUCGAUCCGCGAGAUCAAGAUUAUCAGCGCAUCUUAUGGCGCUCUUCAUCAUCCGAAGCGGUGCAAGACUACCGCUUGCUUACUGUUACUUACGGUAUGGCGUGUGCUCCAUACCUCGCUCUUCGCACGAUUCAGCAAUUGACGCAAGACGAAGGCGCUCAAUUUCCUCUUGCUCAAUCAGUUUUACGCAAUCAAAUCUAUGUAGAUGAUUGCAUCUUCGGCGCGGAUGACAAGCCGCUUGCAAGGCAAAUCCGCAAUCAAUAUAAUUUCAAAAUAAUUUCAUUGUUACAAAAAGGUGGAUUCCUCCUCCGUAAGUGGGCAAGCAACUGCCCUACGUUACUCAACGACCUACCGGUCAAUGAAAUGAGUUUCAGUCAAGGCAAAAUUCUGCAAAGCGACGAAAGUUUCAAAGUCUUAGGAGUCACGUGGUUCCCUGCUACCGAUACAUUCCAAUUUUCAGUCGAAGUUACCACGUCGAUCCCAGAUUCUAAACGGAAAAUUCUGUCUACUAUAGCAAAAUUAUUUGACCCGCUCGGGUGGCUUGCUCCGGUCAUAAUUACUGCUAAAAUUAUCAUGCAACAAUUGUGGGCUACUAAGUGUUCGUGGGAUGAUCCAAUUCCACCCCCUCUCAUGCAAAAAUGGCACAAUUAUCACACGCAGCUAAUUCAACUGCGUAAUAUCUCUUUGCCACGAUGGACUGCCUUCGGUUCCGACACAAGUCACUGUGAGCUUCACGGCUUCGCUGACGCAUCGUCCGUCUGUCAUAUAUCUUAA